AUCCUCCGGAUAGAGAAGUGACCACUUCGAGUGGCUUUGUAUUGAUUAUUGUCUAAAUACAAUUGGGUUCUAACCCUUCCUUCAAAAAAAAAAGAAAGGUUCUUCUCUGUUUUGUUAGGUUUUAGCUUGGUUGCCAUUAGGUUGAAGUGGCCUGGGAAGAGUAGUUGAAAUGGAGGGGGACAUGGAAGAGAAGCUUUUGAGAAAAUCAGAACAAAAAACUGAAGUCGAUGAGGAGGUCUCAUUAAAGGAGAAAGUAUGGAGUGAGACCAAAAAGAUAUGGUUAGUAGCUGGUCCUGCCAUUUUCACUAGGUUUUCAACAUUUGGGGUAAUUGUAGUUAGUCAAGCAUUCAUUGGACACAUUGGCCCUACAGAGCUAGCUGCAUACUCACUUGUCUUCACAGUCUUCUUGAGGUUCAGUAAUGGCAUCUUGCUGGGCAUGGCUAGUGCAUUGGAAACUCUAUGUGGGCAAGCAUAUGGUGCAAAACAAUACCACAUGCUUGGAAUAUAUCUUCAAAGAUCAUGGAUAGUAUUGUCAUUGACCGCAAUCUUCGUUCUCCCCAUAUUUAUCUUUACAACUCCAAUUUUAAAGUUCCUUGGCCAGGAAGAGGGUAUUGCUGAAGUUGCUGGAAGUAUUUCUCUCUGGUUAAUCCCAGUGGUGUUUUCUUACAUUGUAUCCUAUACCUGCCAAAUGUUCCUGCAAGCACAGAGCAAGAAUAUGAUUAUUGCAUAUUUGGCUGCAUUUUCAAUUCUGAUCCACAUUCUUCUUUCAUGGCUUCUCACUGUGAAAUUUAAGCUUGGUCUUUCGGGGGCAUUGUUAUCAACAAUUUUGGCAUAUUGGAUUCCAAAUGUGGGCCAGCUAUUGUUUAUUGUUUGUGGAGGAUGCCGUGAAACAUGGAAAGGUUUCUCUUCCCUUGCUUUCAAGGAUCUUUGGCCAGUUGUUAAGCUUUCUUUGUCUGCUGGCGCGAUGCUUUGCGUUGAGCUUUGGUACAAUACAAUUCUUGUUCUUCUAACUGGAAACUUGAAAAAUGCCGAGGUUGCACUUGAUGCUCUUGCUAUCUGCAUCAACAUAAAUGGAUGGGAAAUGAUGAUAUCCCUUGGUUUCUUCGCUGCAGCUAGUGUCCGAGUAUCAAAUGAGCUAGGAAGAGGGAGUUCAAAAGCUGCAAAGUUCUCAAUCAAAAUGCUAGUUUUGACAUCAUUUUCCAUUGGAUCAGUGCUGUUUCUUAUCUUCCUAUUUGCGAGGGGAUAUGUCGCUUACGUAUUUACUGAAAGUCCCGAGGUGUUUAAUGCAGUUGCGAAUUUAUCGCCAUUAUUGGCUAUCUCGAUACUUCUGAACAGCGUGCAACCAGUGCUCUCUGGUGUUGCUAUCGGGGCUGGAUGGCAGAGUGUUGUGGCAUAUGUUAACUUAGCUUCUUACUACCUGGUUGGGAUCCCUGUUGGAGUUGUGCUUGGUUAUGUAUUCAAUCUGCAGGUUAAAGGUGUUUGGAUGGGGAUGCUGAGUGGAGUCCUGAUUCAGACUAUUGUAAUCAUUGUGAUAACUUCCAAAACUGACUGGGAUAAUCAGGUUGUUAUAGCUCGUAACCGUGUACAGAAGUGGUUUGUUGCAGAAUCUGAGGAACAUGAUAACAACCAGCAAGAUGCUUGACUUCAUAUUUCAUUUUGUUCUUGCCCAUUGUUAGUGACUUGGGCUUAUGGCCCAUAGAAUUAUGUUUUGUUAAGCUUAUAUAAAUACUCAAUAAUAUGUGUGUGGGUCUCUAACACAAAGAGAACACACUUGCCCUAA